AGUUCUCCAGAAGCCAGGAGAGAUCUGAAUUUCUCCACCCAGACUUCACUGGGAGCACAGGCAGGAAUAUUUUUAGACUCCUAUUUAUUGGCUCAACACUUUGUACGGACCCUUUUCUCUUGCCGAACGCAGAACUUCAGGCAGAUGAACGCCACCGCCUUCGCCAACCAGUCCUCUCCUCCGGACGAGGAGCUGCUGGCAUCCAUCAUGGCUCCCACCACCAGCUUGUCGUCGGGUUUCGUCUCCUCGGCGGCAGACUCCAGCCGCUCCAUGGUGGGCGACGGCUCCCACCUACGAGUGGAUCGGAACCACUCUCAAGAAAACCAGUACUUCUUCUUGACCACCGCCACCGCCAAGGGUGUCUCUGGCCUCUUUGUCUGGGCUGCCCUUUUCCUUACCUGCCAUCAGAUCUACUUGCACCUUAAAAACUACACCAUUCCUAACGAGCAGCGCUACAUCAUCCGCAUCCUGUUCAUCGUGCCUAUUUAUGCCUUUGAUUCAUGGCUGAGCCUGUUGCUGAUUGGAAGCCACCAGUAUUACGUUUACUUUGACUCCGUCCGUGACUGCUAUGAAGCUUUUGUGAUCUACAGCUUCUUGAGCCUUUGCUUUGAGUACCUCGGCGGAGAGAGCACCAUCAUGGCAGAGAUCCGGGGGAAGCCGAUCGUGUCCAGCUGCUUCUACGGCACAUGCUGCCUACAAGGGCUGUCCUACUCGAUUGGUUUCCUCAGGUUUUGUAAGCAGGCGACGCUGCAGUUCUGCAUUGUGAAACCUCUCAUGGCCAUCAUCACCAUCAUCCUGCAGGCUUUUGGGAAAUACAACGAUGGGGACUUCAACGUCCACAGCGGCUACCUCUACAUCACCAUCAUCUACAACAUCUCGGUCAGCUUGGCCCUCUACGCCCUCUUCCUUUUCUACUUCGCCACCACGGAGCUCCUGCGCCCCUUUGAGCCAGUUCUCAAGUUCCUCACCAUCAAAGCAGUGAUUUUCCUCUCCUUCUGGCAAGGGAUGUUGCUGGCUAUCCUGGAGCAAUGUGGGGUGAUUCCAGAAGUCCAGAUCAUUGAUGGGAAGGCAGUGGGAGCCGGGACAGUGGCCGCUGGCUAUCAAAACUUCAUCAUCUGCAUCGAAAUGCUCUUUGCCUCAAUUGCCCUGCGGUAUGCUUUCACCUGCCAGGUGUACCGAGAGAAAAAGGAAAGUGCAACAGCCACCUUGGCCCCAAUGCAGAGCAUCUCCAGCGGAUUGAAGGAGACGAUGAGCCCGCAGGAUAUUGUCCAAGACGCUAUACACAACUUCUCCCCUACCUACCAGCAAUAUACGCAGCAGUCCAUGCGAGAAGCGGGGGAGGCUGGGCAGAACGGGUCCAUGGAACCCAAACCGGAUGGCCAGCAUGGCCGGAAGAGCAAAAACAUCGAGAAAAGAGUGCUGAUUGUCUCGGACGAUGAACUCUAAGACGCCGCUCAAGGAGAAGGAAAGGCCAUUUUCAAAGAUACCUCCAUAGCCUCCUUCCCAGCUCACCAUGGCGAACAGAACCGGACCGUGUCCAAAAGACCCGGGAAGCUGAGAUGUUGGCUGCUUACUAGGUCAGCUAGUCUGGAGGUGGAGCUGGUGCUUUUGAAGGCUGGUGUUUCAGACGUGUGAAUGGCCUUGCCCAGCUCUGCUUUUAAAGCCACACCUGCUCUUCUGGAAGCCACCUCCUCCUGUCUUCGAGAUGAGCUGCAAAGGCCAGGACGGCUUGUUCUGAAACGUUUAGGAGGGUACCACAGAUCUGCUUAGGACACCUCCUGACAGGGAAGUUUGGUGCAGAAGCAAAGAAAGCGUAAGUGAGCACAAGAGGGCUCCGCUUUAAUGCCCCCAAUUCAGCACGUGUUGUGUUUCAGUCCCAUCGAAAGCCACUGGAAUAAAGGGCGAUCUUGUGGCUUUCAGUGGAAUUGAAUAGUCCCUUUCUGGAUCUCGCCCACUCUGUUAAAAUAGAAUAGGUAAGAAUUCUGGAACAGGGGAGACGCGCGAGGUAAAGACGGCAACGACUUCCCCUCCUCUCCAAAGCUUUGAAAUGUUGCUCUUACUGGAGCAUAAUUCCCAGAAACCCCCAGCCCCAUCUAAGGUGCUUCUAGAGGCACAAUUGAUCAUAGUGGAGACUACAUUUUUUUUCCUUGGGGCUCCAGACUACACUUUACUCACCCCGGUAUAGUCAAACUCAGUGGUCCCCUAAAAGGGAAGGGAGGGUGGGGAAAACACGCACAACCACUCCAUGUCACAGGCCACAUUGUUUUACACCUCCUACAAUAUCCGGAGAGCUCUUAGUUCCCUGCCUUGGUGUAAAGAUUGCAACGGAAUAAUAUAUGUGAAGCGCUUUGGCUUGGAAUGCUGCACAAAUUCAAAUAUCAUUGCCUAGACACUGCUAAUGCCUCGGCAAUGGUAAAGAACGAUGGGAAUUGUACUGCAAUAGGCUUUGCCCCCUCACCUUUGGUUUGGGAAGAUGGAGCUUUUAGCCCUCCAGAUUUUUCAAACGAACAAUUCCUCCAAAUUCUUACCCUUG